UCAGGAGAGGAUUCAAGAAGGUUUUCCCUCAUUGUCAGUAUCUGUGGGAACCAGUGUAGUUUCUAUCUUACAAAAUAUGGCUGGUUCCCCACCUGACUAUCUUCUCAUACUGGAGAUUUGUGACUUCCUGUUGAACGUUCACCCAGCAGCCAACACUUACAUCAACCAUUCUAGAUCUUUUUUCUACUUUAACCUGUCCUGGGGUCAGCCCCCAUCCCCAUUAACCAAGUGGAAGAUCGGAUUAGGUCAAGGUUUGGCCUCUAGCACACCUGUCAAGAUUACCUACAAUAUCAAGGACAGAGUUGUUCGCAAGAUGAGAAGAAAUCUGUCUGACAGUUUUAUAAAAGAAGAAGAAGAAACAAAGUAUCCUGAAGUUAACAUAUCAAAACAGCAUGCCUUUACUGCAUCAGAUAAAAUUGUUAGAAACAGUAAUAAUAGUGCUGAAGUUAUUGCGGAACAAACUGGAAGUAAUGUAGCACUUACUGAUGAAAACAUAGUAGACGAGGCUCAUCAAGAGUUGGAUAUGAAUGAACAAACAAUUGAACAUGAUGUAGAUGAUAAUAGUGAGAAAAUUGUGGGAGAAGUGACAGUCAGAGAUAAAGAACCUUCUGACAACGAGGAAGCAUUUAUAUCUGCUUCAACAGAUCUUCAUGUAUCUACUGGCAUACCCGACAACUUUGAAAGUUUAUAUAAGACAGCUAUAUCCUGUGAUGAUAGUGAUAAUGUGAAAUUUCUAAUGAGUGAAGACAGUGUAAAGAAUGAAGAUAAAACUAAGAGAGAUGAUGAUAUAGAAUCUGAAGAUACCUCUGUAGAUACAGGUCUAGGUUUGAAUGUAAAUAGAGGAAAAACUGGUGCUAUUGUGAGACUAGAAAUAGACAGAGGUGUUGGUGAUGAUAAUGAUGAUGAUAAGGAAGCAGAUGUGAAUGAUGAUGAAAGCAUUGAAACAGAGGAAGCGUCAGUGUCAAGAGAUAAUCUGUCCUUGAACUUUGAUGAUGAUAAUGCUGAACUGCUCAAGUUAGAGAAAGGCUUGAUAGCUGUGUGUGUUGGAUUGUUGAGACUAUUAGCAUCUGUGAUAGUUACCAUGCCUGAUGGACUGGUGGAGAAAACAUUCCGCAAAUCUAUUAUUAAUGCUCCAACUUUUAUUGUUCUUGCUCAAAAUAGUUCAGCUGAAGUGAGGGAGGCAGUUAUCAAGCUGAUGUCUGUGUAUCUUGAGAGAUGUAAUCAUCAUAAUGCUGAGGAAUUUUUUAAGAUGGAUGGUUUCCACCUGUUAUCAGCGCAGUUAUUUCAGUACCCCACCCACUCAGAUCAGAUGGAAGCUGCAGUUUCCAUAGUGAUGCAGAGACCGUUUAAAAUAGAUGAAGGAUUACGACCAGAUGAAGUUUUAGGGGAUCUAACCAGAGUCCAGCAGUCUGCUAUUCCACUGAUGUUAUCAUUACUUAGCAACACACUUACUGACCUUGCCUUAUGUCAUAAUUCUAUUCAGUUUUGUUGUAAGCUAUUUGAGACAUCAGAUGUUGUUGCUACGGUGAUGAUAGAACAAGGGGUCAUAGAGGUCAUUUCUAAUAUGCUCCUCAAUGUGCUGAAAACAGGGUCAAGAGACACAGAUGUUGAGGGUAUGGAUGAGAGUGAGAUAUUAUUAGGUGACCUUCUUCAGUUCUACAAGGUCAUUGCUGUCCGAGAAUUCAGUGCUAGUGGCCUGCAGCAUUAUCAACAUUGUGAAGAUAUUGUUGUAUUAUUACAAGAUCUAGAAUCAACCCAAAUACAAACACAAGGGAGAGACAGUAAGAAUGUACAGACAUUACGGACACUACAGCAGUUUAUAUUUGUUGCUAUCAUGGACCUGGUAGAGAGAAGAAGUGAGGAAGUUAGUCAACAAUCAACAAUAAGUUUCUUCUCUAAACAAACACCUUCUAGGACAACUUCAACAUCCUAUGCCAACAACCCCAGUUCCUUCCCAUCAUUCCAUGCUCACAGAAACCUCUCCUUUCAACCUCAACACUUCUCUCUCAGUGGCACAUUUGGUAGAUUACCUUUCCGUAAGAAAUCACCAGGUGGAUAUUUUGUCCAAUCAGAUAAUCCGUACCAUGAGGCAGCAUUGACCAAUAGCGGAUCAGGAGAUAGUGACAGUUCCCAGGAUUCCUGGCUGACAGGAAGUAUCUACAGCAAUCGUACAGUUAACUUGCCUGUAACUAAAUCAUACAACAGAACAAAGUCAAUAGACAUUAGUUAUGGAGCUAGAGCAAGGAGUAACUCACUGUUACAAACAAUGUUAUCUAUUGGGAAGAGAAAGAAGUUAGUGACAGUUCCUAUAACUCAAAAUGAGCUGAUAGAGAGACUGAAGAAAGUUAUCACAUUUGCUGUAGAUUCUGCCAUGUUUGCAGAUCGUAAAGUGUGUGAGGGAAGACGUGUAGUGUUACUAUUGGAGAUGUCACCUCAAUCUGUCAAUGUAGAGAGAGAUUACAUGAGAAAACUGUUCACAUUUAUAUACAAGGCAUUUGAAGUAACUCUUCCUCAGGAUAAAAGUUCAUACAAUAAAAGAAACAAAAAUGUCAUCAUGUGGGGAGCCAAAGAUGUUCUUAGAGUACAGCUUGGAAGGUUGCUGGGGUUUAUGUUAUCAAGCAGGCAGGAGUUUGAUCAGCGAGCAUUUGCUCUGUCAUAUAUAGCAGGCGAACAACGUGGGUUUGAGGUCCUCAAGAUGAUUGUAACAACCCAAGAUGUUGGCAAUGACAUUGCAUAUUUCAUCUAUGACCUAAUGACCCAAGGUCAGAGUUGGUUGUCAAGGCAACAGAAUGCAGAUGGGUCAAAGAUGAUCAAUCAUUUAAGUAAUGCAGGUUACGAGGUGUUCUCUCCCAGCAGCCAUUUGUCAGCAUUGGUACUGGAACGCUUGAAUGAGAGAAAAAAGUUCAUAGAAUCAAGGUAUGAAAAUCAGAAAACAACAUGGCUAAAGAGGAAAGAGACAUCAUUAAAUAGGAUAUUUCAUCAGUUUGACAACCAGUCUGCACGUUUAAGUGACAGUGCCAUGGAGGUCACCCAGACUGUGACACAUUCACAAACUUUAGAACGUAACAAAUUUGUUGAAUAUUUGAGGCAAAAGAAGACUGAUAGUAUUGAAGUAAAGAAACAGUGGCAGGACAUUGUACAAAAUCUUACACAUGAAAGGGCCUUGUGGUAUGAUGAAAAAUCUUAUCCCCAGUCCUGGCAACUGAACCCCACUGAGGGCCCCUGUAGAGUAAGGAAGAGGCUACAAAGGGGACAUCUUGGAAUAUUGCCUAAAUUUCUCAAAAAAGAAUUCCAACACAAAUUGUGUACGGAGACAGUAGAUCCACCAUUGAUUUAUUUGUUUGAAGAUGAUCAUCAAAUAUCAGACUCUGCAGCAUUAAUCUAUCAGCUCCAUAAAAAUAAAAAAAUCAGACAUACAAGUACAUGUCGAGCAGUGUCUCCUGUAGGUGAAAGUAAAGGUGAAUUACUGAUAGGUGAAGAUAGUGUCUUCUUUGUGGCAGAUGAGGCUAUAACUGAUGCCAACUACACUCAGGUGUUACUAGGCAACAAAGAUCAGUUAUCUAUGACAUGGCCUUUUGAAGAUGUACUAGAGAUACACACAAGAUGGUAUGAAUUGAUGGACACAGCCAUUGAAAUCUUCCUUACCAAUGGGAAAACCUGUCUACUUGCAUUCAAAUCUACCAAGGAGAGAGAUGAUAUAUAUCAUCAUCUGAUGGAUCUUGAGCUACCAAACAGACGUUACACAGGAAAUCUUCUAGAUGUUGUCGAUAAAUGGCAGAAUGGACAGAUAACAAACUUUGAAUAUCUCACCUAUCUUAACAAGAAAGCUGGCAGAACAUUCAACGACUUGAUGCAGUACCCUGUGAUGCCUUUUAUACUCCGUGACUACACCAGUGACACAAUAGAUCUACGUGAUUUUUCAGUGUAUCGAGAUCUGUCAAAACCAGUGUCUGUACAAGACCCGAAAAAUGAACAAAAGUUUAAGAUAAAUUAUGAGGUAUUGAAGUCCGAGUAUGACAAGUUUGGUAAAGAAGGGAUCACAGGUCUGAGAGUAGCCCCCUAUCAUUAUGGAAGUCAUUAUUCUAACAGUGGUGGCGUGCUUCACUUCCUAGUUAGAGUUCCACCAUUUACUAAAAUGUUCCUCAGUUUCCAAGAUAGUAGUUUUGACAUUCCUGAUAGAACCUAUCACAAUAUUCAUACAUCAUGGCGACUGUCCAGUGCUGAAUCUAACACUGAUGUGAAGGAACUGAUACCAGAAUUCUUCUUCAUGCAUGAAUUUCUAGUCAAUUCUGAAGGAUUUGAGUUUGGUGCAAGACAGAAUGGUGAGGAAGUGAAUAAUGUAGUGUUACCACCGUGGUGUGAGGGUAACCCCCGACAGUUUGUUCUCAUUCACAGACAAGCAUUAGAGUCAGAACAUGUGACAUUAUCUAUAUGUAUGUGGAUAGAUCUGGUGUUCGGGUAUAAACAACGAGGAGAAGCUGCAGUAAAAGCAAUCAAUGUCUUCCAUCCUGCCACAUAUUUUGGUCUUGAUGUAAGCAGUGUAAAGAAUUCGCUGGAUCGUAAAGCUAUACAGACGAUGGUACGGACAUACGGUCAGACACCGAGACAGUUAUUCAAGAUACCACACCCUAGACAAAACUUGGCCCUACAAUCUAUUUCUAACAGACAGACACAGUUUCCAAACAACAAGCAUGUAUUAGGUUUGAAGUGGGGCUCAUACCUUGGUUCCCUGGACAAGCCCGAGCCUGUUGUUAUAUGGACAGAGGAGUAUAAAUCACAGGUUGCUAGUCUGAUUGCCCUACCAACUAACACAAGUGGUACAUCAACAGUGUUUGGUAUCAGUAGUAACAGUUGUCUUCUUGUUCAACAUAGCCAAGAUAAACAGAGAGGUGACUUUUAUAUAUCAUAUAACAUUUUAAAAGAUUUAUAGUC